UCGUCGUGUGCCAUACACGAUGCAUGGCGUGUUGCAUUAUCUACAGCACGAAUGGAGUCGAUACGAAAUGGAACGUUCACAGUGGGAAAUGGAAAGAGCCGAGCUGCAGGCUCGCAUAAGUUUCUUACAAGGUGAACGUAAGGGACAGGAGAACCUGAAAGCGGAUUUGAUUCGCAGGAUCAAAAUGCUCGAAUAUAGUUUGAAGCAGGAGAGGUGA